CUGCGCGAUGACGUGGGCGGGCGUGCGCGGUGACGGCCCGCGUCCCUGUUACUCAGCGGAGCGGCGGAGGCCGGACGAGGCGGCCCGGGGCGCAGAGGCGCGAGCAGCGCUGGGUAACGGCCGCGGCGACCGCCCGGACGGCGCCGGUGCCCGCCGGCGGGCUCUCCUGUGGCCGUUGGCUGCGCCGCGGGAUAGAAGAGCUCCUUUCAGCAUUUCUGAUAAGGGAGAUAUAAUGGUGAUGAACUCCUUCAGCUUUUGUUUAUUUAGCUUCUUGGUGAAUAUUUGGAUGAAGCCAUUAAAUUAAUUGCUGCCAUCAUGAGCAGAAGCAAGCGCGACAGCAACUUUUAUAGUGUAGAGAUUGGAGAUUCUACAUUCACCGUCCUGAAACGUUAUCAAAACUUAAAACCUAUAGGCUCAGGAGCUCAAGGAAUAGUAUGUGCCGCUUAUGAUGCCAUUCUUGAAAGAAAUGUUGCAAUCAAGAAGCUAAGUCGACCAUUUCAGAAUCAGACUCAUGCUAAGCGGGCUUACAGAGAACUAGUUCUUAUGAAAUGUGUUAAUCACAAAAAUAUAAUUGGCCUUUUGAAUGUUUUCACGCCACAGAAAUCCCUAGAAGAAUUUCAAGAUGUUUACAUAGUCAUGGAGCUCAUGGAUGCAAAUCUUUGCCAAGUGAUUCAGAUGGAACUAGAUCAUGAAAGGAUGUCCUACCUUCUCUAUCAGAUGCUGUGUGGAAUCAAGCACCUUCAUUCUGCUGGAAUUAUUCAUCGGGACUUAAAGCCCAGUAAUAUAGUAGUAAAAUCAGACUGCACUUUGAAGAUUCUUGACUUUGGACUGGCCAGAACUGCAGGAACUAGUUUUAUGAUGACACCUUAUGUGGUGACCCGAUACUACAGAGCACCAGAGGUCAUCCUAGGGAUGGGCUACAAAGAAAACGUUGACAUUUGGUCAGUUGGGUGCAUCAUGGGAGAAAUGAUCAAAGGUGGUGUUUUGUUCCCAGGUACAGAUCAUAUUGAUCAGUGGAAUAAAGUUAUUGAACAGCUUGGAACGCCAUGUCCUGAAUUCAUGAAGAAACUACAACCAACAGUAAGGACUUAUGUUGAAAACAGACCUAAAUAUGCUGGAUAUAGCUUUGAGAAACUCUUCCCCGAUGUACUUUUCCCAGCUGACUCAGAACACAAUAAACUUAAAGCCAGUCAGGCAAGGGAUUUGUUAUCCAAAAUGCUGGUUAUUGAUGCCUCUAAAAGGAUCUCUGUAGAUGAAGCUCUUCAGCACCCAUAUAUCAACGUUUGGUAUGAUCCUUCUGAAGCAGAAGCUCCACCACCAAAGAUACCUGACAAGCAAUUAGAUGAAAGAGAACACACAAUAGAAGAAUGGAAAGAAUUGAUAUACAAGGAAGUUAUGGACUUAGAGGAGAGAACCAAGAAUGGAGUUAUACGAGGGCAACCCUCUCCUUUAGGUGCAGCAGUGAUCAAUGGCUCUCAGCAUCCAUCGUCAUCGUCGUCUGUCAAUGAUGUGUCUUCGAUGUCAACAGAACCGACUUUGGCCUCGGAUACAGACAGCAGUCUGGAAGCAUCAGCUGGACCUCUGGGCUGCUGUAGAUGACUACUUGGGCCUUGGGGAGGUGGGAGGCUGGGAGGGAUGGGGAGUCAUUUAGUCAUUGAUAGAACUACUUUGAAACAAUUCAGUGGUCUUAUUUUUGAGUGAUUUUUCAAAAAUGUAGAAUUCAUUUUGUAGUAAAGUAGUUUAUUUUUUUUAAUUUCAAGUGAUGUAAUUUAAAACUUAAGUUGUGUUUUAAAACAGCAACAAAACUGUAUUGUAUUUUUGCUGUAAUUAACUGUAUAAUGUAAACCUAAUUAUUUUAUCAUGGUUUAAAUUUUUGCAUAUUUGCUUUAUCUUAUGCUGCUGAUUUUUUUUUACUGAAUUUGUAAGAUUUUGUUUAUCAAAGCAAUUAUGUGGUGACUUGCCUAUAUCAUGAAUUAUUUAAGAUUUUUAUAGUUUUUUUUAUUAGAAUUUAUUUUAAAUGUUUUGUUCAUGAUGCUAUCCUUCAGGGUUAUGUGCUUAUCGAUGAAAUUACACCCUGAGGAGUGAGGGAAAAUAACCUGUAGCCAGUUAUAUUCAGGAAUAACUACUGUAAAUGGUGAACGUGUUUUGAAGACCUCCAACAUUUGCUACUUGCCAAUCUUAAUUUAGUUAUAUAACAGAACUAUUGGUAGUUAAUUCUAUAUGAAUAUUGGCAAAAAGCCCCAUCAUCUAAAUGGCAGAAAAGCUCAGAACAUGUCUUUGAAGAUGCUGGGCAUCUGCCACCAUCACCCUCUUUUCCCCCCACCUCACCUGACAAAAGUAAAAUUAAGAGAGUAUGAUGUUUUCUGCAAAUUUGUGGCAUGCUCAAAGCUUAUGAUCACAUAAAGUCAAGAGGAUACUUCAUGAAUAAUACAUUUCAAUGCAAAUAAACAGAUGGUUCACUUCUACUAGCUAUGAGCCUGUUUUUGUAUACACUGAGUUAAUCUACUCAGGCUGUAGGUCCCAGCAGUGGUUUAGAGUCUGGUCUUCCCUGUCCUGCAGCCUUGGGCCCUUGGACCUUUCCAGUUUCCUAUUAAAGUGUCAGUCAGUUGAGCACCAGUUCUCACGGUGUUUCUGGCCAUUUGAUUCUACCUGUGUAGCAUAAUCAUCUUUGUACUAGAUCUCGGGAGGUUCCAAAACCUACUUAGGUUUACGUAGGUGAUGUAUCAAAUGAGCAAUAUACCGUUCAUCUGAAAAUAGUAGCACACAGCCAUACUAUAGGAUAUCAUUUUCUAAGGACUGUUUCUUCACAUUGAGCAGAGCAGACAUAAGUGGUGGUUAUUUUGUCUGAGUCUCAUUUUUUUAUAUCUGAUUUUCAAUAAAACAUGCAAUGUGGAUGUUGAGUAGUGUAAGAAUGGUGCUGCUCCUGACUAGUGUGUGUUAACUGUUUACAUUUUAUACCUGCAGGAUUAUUUCUUAUAACUGAAUUUUUCUUAAGUGAACUAUCAUUGAAGCCUCAUUACUUAUCUCUAAAAUGCAUUGUAAUUCCCCAGGCACCUUUUUGUCAUUUUUGAAAUGAGGGAUUUCACAUCGCGACUUGAAGUGCAUACUCAAAUGACAAGGUUCUCGGCAGAAAGUCCAUUAGAAAUGACCAACAGGAGCUGGAACUGGUAAAGCUCAGCGUACAUUGAAAGUUCACUAGGCGUGUUAUUCUGAAGUUUAUUCAAAAGAUUCCUUUUGAAUAUUUUAUUUAGGUCAUUGUUAAUGUGCAAUAUGUAGACUAUAUUACCCCUUUUAUAUGCUUUGAAAAUAACCAGGAUUUUUUUAAAAUGGUCUACAGUCAUGAUUUCCAGCCACUGUUAAGACUAUCAGUCUUCCAUCAGUCCCUUUUUUAUUCAUAGUACAACGUGGCACAUUGUUUAUUUGGCAGAUUACAGAUUUACACUAAUACCUUUGGAAUUGUAGAAACAGAAUGAGACUUAACCAUUUCAGAAAUCUGAGCAUUUGUGUGUACUUAGUUUAUUAAUUUAGCAGUUAGCUUUAUUUUCUCUAGAGACAUUAUUUCACUAUUGCACUUUAACAACUGACAUGCUGUCAGCCAUUUCCCAUAUUUUGUUUUUCUUUUUUUUGUUGUUGUUCUUUUUUUGGGUCACACCUGGCGAUGCUCAGGGGUUACUCCUGGCAGUGCCCAGGGGACCAUAUGGGGUGCUGGGAAUCGAACCUGGGUCGGCCGCGUGCAAGUCAAACGCCCUACCUGCUGUGCUGUCACUCCAGCCCGUUUUAUGUUUUUUCUUAAGCAUCUCUAUUGAUAAAGAUUUGGUUAAGUGAAGAAAACCAGGUGUUCCUAUGUAUUAUUUAUUAUAAACGCCAGCUCCCACUUGCCAGUCAGCAUGUUUUGGUUGUUCAGGGGGAAAAAAAAUGAAAAACCUUAUUGGAGGAAAUUAAAGUACUAAAAUUACAUCCUUGAAAAAAAAAGUCUGUUAGUGUUGCCUGCCCUGAUAUAUUUUAAAAAUACAUUGACUUGUAAAUGCAGCUUUUUCUUUUCUUAAAUCUGUUAACCUGAAUCUGCAGUGUUUCUUUUUUAUUUUUGAUAUUUUUUUACUAUAACCAAUUUUGGGUUAUUUUAAAGAAAAAUAUGCAACGCCACCUUUGUUAUAUAUAAUUUUCAGAAUUCAAAUAUAUUCAGUACAAUCACUGUCUUGCUACCAGAAAAAAAAAAAUCUUUUGACCAAGAUUUGUUAUUCAGCUUUUUGUAGGUUUUUCUUUCUGGUUAGGUUACACUAAUUUGGUUGUGCUACUACUUUCUAUGUAUUUCUUCCUCAUUACUAUUCCAUUAUUUAUCUUCUACUAAUUACUGAUCAUUUGUAAAAAUGAUGGUGUUUGGGGGACUGCUUAAACACAGUGUACAGAGGUAGAGCAUCUCAAAUCUGUUUGCCCAACAGUUCUCAUUUUGUCACACAUCCUUGGCUGCUGAUUGUUCUGGUAUGCAAUCUUUCAAGUUGGUAAAGGUACUGUGUUUACAUCAGAUUUUCUAAGAGAAAUGCCAGCCUUUUAAAUGAGGCUACCCCACACCCAUCCCCUUAAUUGCAAAGAAGCUUUUAACUAUAUGUAAAGCAGCAAACUCCCCCCCCCCCCCCAGCCUGUUUGUUAUUUUGUUUUAUGCUAAUCCUGCUAUGUUGUCUAAAAAGAUGAAAAGGAUGCCUGAGAAAUUGCAGCAGGCAGGCAAGUGGAGUGGUUUCCGGGUAACAGAUAAAACUUGAUAUACACUACCGGCCAGUAUGUGCUACACAUAUGGAGACCUAACAACUCAUUGUUGCCUAGGCACAAGCCUGCACAACAUUUUGAGGUUAAAACACAAUAUAGUCUAUUUUCAGAAUUACUGUUGUAGUUUGUGAGUGUUGGUCAUUAGUCACAUUGUAGUUGUAGAGUGAAUGCAUGAAGCCCCGUGACCCCAGUAAAUUUCUCUUACUGUAGAAAACCAAGCAACACCAUUCUGUCAUUAGCAGCCCUUAUAAAUGUUGCCUCCAAAUCCUUUACAUUUUAGUAUACAGUGUGUUUUUCUUGAUCUCUCUUAGGUUUUUCCUGAAUCAGAGGAAAUUAAUUUUUCCGUUGUAGCAAGAAAGAUAAUGUAAAGGGCAUUGAAGCAGAAGCGUAUAGUUUGGGGUAUGAUUACAAAAUCCGUAAGGAAAACAAAAGUUCUAAUUUUAAACUAACUGCUCUUAGUUAAGUGCUCUUAAGGAGAGUCUAGUAAGAGUAACAACCUUCUGGCCAUUUCUGGUUUAGAUUCUCUUUGUUACUGAAACUUUUGAGAAAUAUUACCUGUGGAUUAGUUUUGCACAAUGUUCUAUUCUCACAAUAACUAAUGAAUUAGAUUUUUAUUGAACUACCUCACACUAAUUUUCUAUGCUUUCCCAAGUAAGCUGUUGCCCUGUUAGAUCUUGACUGAGUGUGAAUUAUAUGUGUUAAGUACUUUAUAGCCAAUGUCAACACAAUACCACUAAGUAUGUAAAAUACAUACCUUGCCAUCAGUAAGAGAGAUGUGUAGAUUCUGUCGUAGUUGUUGGAAAAUUGUUAGAUGUGGUUGUUGGACAUGAUUACUGUUUUUUGUAAGUAGAAACCUGCUCGUGAUAUCAGUCCAUUCUUUACAUUUUACAAAAGAAAUAAAUCUUAGUAAAUUUUACGAAGAAAUGAAUUACUUUUGUAGGCCCGAUAUUUGGUAUAUUUUUGAGAAGCUCUUAAUCUUUUAGCUGAAUGAUGAAGUUAAACUAAACUAGCGGUCUACCUGGACUGUGACAUCUAUUUUCUCAUUACAGAGUAUUCUGUACAAUAGGUUGUAAAACCUGAAAACCUAACUAUGAUACUGGACGUUUGCUUUUUCUCCCUCUAUGCCAUUCCUUCUUCAUUCCUCUCCCCUGUGUUCCAUGCCCUCUCCCUCCUCUAGACAGAACAAAAUGGGGCACAUUGUAGGGAAUGCUGAGAUAAUUAUUGUGGUUUUGAAUCAUUCAUGCCCUGGUCAUCAAAUAUGCACCACUGGAAUGUAAACAAUGUUACCUAGUAUGUUAAUUGGUUAUAAUAUUUUAAAUAAAAAAGAAAAAAGUGGUAUGGAAAUUAUGAAA